GACCGAGGAGGCCGGAAACCGAUCUCCACGAAGCCCUAGGCCCCUAGCGCGGUAACGCCGCUGCUCCCGAGGGUCUGCUCCUCCAGCAACACCACCAGCGGCGAGCGAUCAGCCGCGGUCAUGGUGGACUUCGACGACGAAGGUGGCCGCCGCCGGAGCGGGACAGCCGAUGAUGAUCAAGAGGCCGUUCCGCAAGUUCACCUACCGCGGCGUGGACCUCGACGACAUCCUCGACAUGUUCGCAAAAGAACUCGCCGAGCUCUUCCCUGCCCGCGCCCGCAGAAGGUUUACCAGGGGCCUCCUGAAGAUGAAGCAUAUCAGACUAAUCAGGAGCCUGCGCGUGGCGAGACAGGCUGCAGCUCCUGGCGAGAAGCCAGGGUGUGUAAGGACUCAUCUGCGCGACAUGAUAAUUGUGCCAGAGAUGAUCGGCAGCCAAAUCGCAGUGUACAACGGGAAAUGCUUCAACCAGAUCGAGAUCAAGCCCGAGAUGAUGGGUCACUACCUUGCCGAAUUCUCCUGCAGCUACAAGCCCGUCAGGCAUGGAAGGCCUGGGAUUGGCGCCACCCACUCCUCGAGGUUCAUUCCUCUCAAGUGAAGAGGAUCCCGCCGCAUGUGUGCACGCUUUGCCCGUCCCAGCAUUUCGCUUGGAAUCUUGUUUAUCUGUUUUUGCCUGUGAAGUGGAGCUUCAAAGCAUGUCCAUUGGAAGUCUGAGCUGAAACUUCUAUUAUGUGGAGUCUGCCCUAUGUUUAGAAACUGAAAGCAGAGCAGGCAUAUGGCAUCUGUUAUCUGUGUGGCUUAAGCUAAUGUUUAUCUUUCUGCACUGUCCAAACUGCAAUCAUCUGUUACUCAACGUGUUGGCUUUCUUUUC